AUGACAAUACAGCACAAUAUAGACUGAAAAUCAAAGGAGAAUACGAUGGCAGAAGUGAAGCUUUUUGGUGCUAGGGUAAGCCCAUUUAGCUGCAGGAUCGAGGUUGCUCUGAAACUUAAGGGUGUUGAAUAUGAAUUCAUAGACGAAGAUUUACACAAGAAGUCCCCUUUGCUGUUAAAGUACAACCCAGUUCACAAGAAAGUUCCUGUGUUAGUACACAAUGGCAAGCCAAUUUGUGAGUCUCUGGUGAUUCUUGAAUACAUUGAUGAAACCUGGGAAGAAGGCCCUUCUCUUUUGCCUAAAGAUCCUUAUGAGAGAGCCAUGGUGCGAUUCUGGGCUAAGUUCUUGGAUGAAAAGUGUUUGCCUCCAAUGUGGAAAGCUUGUUGGAGUAUAGGAGAGGAGCAAGAGAAGGCCAAGGAAGAAUCGACUGAACUUUUGAAAUUUCUCGAGGGCAAAUUUUCGGGCAAGAAAUUCUUUGGGGGUGACAAUAUUGGAAUGGUUGAUAUAGUUGCCAAUUUCAUAUCAUAUUGGUUUAUAAUUGUGCAAGAAUUGGUAGGAUUACAAGUGUUGACUAAAGAGAAAUUUCCGAAAUUAGGUGAAUGGAUUGAUGAGUACCUGAACUCUGACAUUAUAAAGGAAAAUUUUCCUCCCAGAGAUAAGUUGACCGCCAUUUUCCAAGCUCGUUUUGAAGCUGCUGCUGCUGCCGGUGGUGGUGGUGGUGGUGGCAGCGGCGGAGGUGCAUCCAAAUGAAAUCUAAGUAGCUAAUUACUUCAUGUUUUGAUAUUGAACUCGAAAUCAUGAAUAAAGGGAAUUAUGAUUGCCUUUCUAUUGAAGAAACUAUGCAUAAUUUGAGUUCUUGUCUGUUGUUUUU